AUGGACUUUCUCAAGUCGGCUGUUGCAUCCGCCAUCUCCAAGGGUCCCGCAUUCCCCUAUUCGUUCGGAGAGAGAGUCGACAUCGACCAGUCUAUCUGGACUCUCCACAAUGGCACCAAGAGGGAAGACGGCUCUCGAUGCAGCAUCUUCUCCUUUGACGUGACGGCGAACAAGUCCCGCCUCCCUCUCGCAAAGAACGCACUGCGCAAGUUCCGUACCCUUCGACACCCUGGAGUAAUAAAGGUCUUGGACACUGUUGAGACAGACACCUACAUCUAUAUCGCCACUGAACGUGUGACCCCUCUGGGCUGGAAAACAAAGAGGAAGGCUGUCUCCGAGGAGAGCAUCAAAUGGGGACUACACAAUGUUGCUAAAACGCUUGCCUUCAUCAACGAGGAAGCCACUUCCGUCCAUGGAUGCGUCCGUACUUCGUCGGUCUUUACUACCGAGAGUGGAGAAUGGAAGCUUGGCGGCCUGGAUGUCUUGAGCUCUAUGAAAGAAGAGGAAGCCGUCAUCUACACAUACGGAAGUCUCACCCCCGAUUCGGGACGCUAUGCCCCACCAGAGGUCGCCAAAGGUGGCUGGGAUAGCAUCAAGAACAACCCCGUGUCUGCAGUCGACUCAUACGAUUUCGCUAUUCUUGUCAUCGAGGUCUUCAACGGCAGCUUCUCAGGGAGUGAACAGGUCGGCCAAACCAAAGGCAUUCCUGUCAACAUGCACGCUUCUUACAAGCGCUUGGCCCAUGCCAAUCCCAAGACAAGACUCAGUGUUGCUCAUUUCGUAGAGCAAGGAAGGAAAUCUGGUUCCUUCUUCGACACGCCGCUCAUACAGCUGACUGAUGGUAUCGACAAUCUGGGCUUGAAGACUGAAACAGAGCGCGAAGAUUUCAUUCGCGAACUUGAGGCUGUUGCGGAAGCAGACGACUUUCCGGAAGAUUUCUUCAAAGUCAAAGUGCUGCCCGAAUUGCUCAAAUCACUCGAAUUUGGUGGCGGAGGUCCCAAGGUCUUAUCCCUUGUCAUGCGCAUAGGAAAGAAGCUUUCCGACGAAGAGUAUGAGGCGACUAUCACGCCGGUAGUUGUGAGGCUCUUUAGUAGUCCCGAUCGCGCACUGCGCGUGUGCCUUCUCGAUAACCUUCCUCACAUGAUUGAUCAUAUGCCCCAAAAGAUUGUCACGAAUGGCAUCUAUCCACAGAUGGUGACCGGCUUCACAGAUCUAGCUCCACUCGUUAGGGAACAGACUGUCAAGGCAGUCUUGGUAGUUGUCCCCAAAUUAUCAGAUCGCAUAAUUAAUGGCGAGCUUUUGAGAUAUCUAGCCAAGACUGCCAAUGACGAGCAACCAGGCAUUCGAACCAACACAACCAUCUGUCUUGGGAAGAUCGCGAAGAACCUUGGCACUAGUUCGCGCACCAAAGUUCUAGUCGCUGCGUUCUCAAGAUCUCUCAGAGAUCCCUUUGUGCACGCUCGCAAUGCAGCGCUUCUGGCCUUGUCAGCAACGGCUGAUCUGUUUACGGAAGAUGAUUGUGCAAACAAACUGCUCCCAGCGAUCUGUCCAUCUCUUGUGGAUAAAGAGAAGAUCGUUCGAGACCAAGCAAACAAGACAUUGGACAUGUAUCUCCAACGUAUUCGCAAGUAUGGCGAAACCCUUCCAGACAGCGUGCUGCCACCGCCAGAGGCCGCCGGCUCGAAUGCACCACGUAUGAGCACUCCGCAACCAGGAGGCUCAGGAUCAGGUUGGGCUGGAUGGGCAAUCUCGUCCUUUACCAAUAAGUUGGCAACAGCAAGUGGUGAAAUGCAGCUCACCAAUAGUGCUGCAGCCACAUUCGGCUCGGAUCGAUCAUCAUCCACACCACCAGCGAAUCAAAGUUCAGCGGCUGCUGAGUCCCUUGCUGCCGGUCGCACUCGCCCUACUCCAACAUUUUCUCCAUCUGCACCGACUGUACCCAGAGUUUUAUCCGGUCUGCGUAAUGCUACUCCUACGUUGUCUGAUGUCGAUCAGGAAGACUUUGGCGAUGACUGGGGUGCAAUGGACGAUGAUGCUGCUGCCGAUGCGUGGGGCGAGAUUGCAGACAGUGCGCCAAACGCCGCGCCUGUCAAGGCCUCGAUUGUAUCAUUUGACGACGGUGGCGAGCCCGACUUUGAAGGAUGGCUAAACGCACAAGCGCAGGCCAAGACGAAAGCGAAGAACCCUCUACCCAAGGGUCUCACAAAGAGUAAACCGGUAACUGCUCCGGCAACGAAGCCAAGCGUAUCUAGAACAACAUCUGCAACGGUCACGACUAGAGCAAAGCCAGCAGCAAAGGCAAUACCUAGUAAGCCAACAAAGCCUGCGGCGAAGGAGGAAGAGGAAGAUGACUGGGGUUCGGCCUGGUGAUUUAUGGUAGCAGAAGAGUAGGGAAUGCUAGCCCUUGAACCUUUGAUAGAGUUACAUAAUUU